GGAUGUCUUGCCCCCAAUUCACUACCAAUUCAACUGCCCGACCAUGCUUCCACUCAGUACUAGACCCUUUCCCGAACGGCAUAUUCACAGUCCAGCCAUACGACGCUGCUGAAAAGCUCUGUCAAAUUCGUGCGGACCUUGCGGAAUCUCGAGUCUUCCGUAUGGACAUGGUAUGGUGCUACUUCGCUAUCAGUCCAGUCCUCAAGCCGGCGUCGAUCAAUCCCUCCGACUGGUUUAUAUCUCAACUAUACUGCAUUCCUGCUACCUGAAUCCGCUGGCCGCGCGUGAAACUCCUCAUAUAUCGCCCCACCGCCUCCAACCUGCGCACAUCUCGGCGGAGAUGGUAGAGACGGCCCUCGAAGCCUGCCAGCCGAAUACCUCCCGCCGCAUCUUCGUAGAAAUCCAGUGCCGCAUCAACGGCUUCAACGUCUACGGCUAACAAUUCAGUCUUGCGCAUUCAACCCUACCCGCUCUCGACUGAGACCUCACUCAAGAUGGCCACCAUGAUUGAGGCAGGGAGCCUCUCCACCACCACCACUACCCGCCUGAAGGAUACCGCCGUCGUCGAAGUAUUGGAGGUGCCAAGCGGAGCUAAACCUGCGCUGCUACUUAUACAUAACGAAGGCGAGGGGGAUAUUGUCAGCGCUUUUGCGGAUGUCCUGGGACAGAAAUGGGAAUCGGCUUCAACGAUACUUGAGGUACAGGAUGGACCUAGCGAGACCGUUUAUGGAAUGCCGUCCAGUGCGGUCGGGCCCCAACUGGACUCGUGGGAUCGCUCGAGAUUGGUAAUUAACACACACUGCGUAGAUGGGGGACACACACUCGACGAGACUCUGACUGAACGCUGUAACUACGAAUACCUUUACACAAAGUCGCCUUUCGUCCGGCGAGACGUCGCGCGCUUCCUCUCUUUUAUACUCGGACAAAUUGGACAUCAUCGUGACUUGGCGAAGAAGGCGCGCACCACUCUUAUCUCGACAACCUUUCCAGAUGUACACGCAGCAUUACCGAAUCUGGACAUCCUUUCAGUCGGUGCCGAUGCGAUUGAGAUCCGGGUUGACUUGUUGCGUGAGCCCUUGCCGGGCGGAGGGUUCAGCAACGUUCCAAGUUUGAAAUAUGUGGGAGAGCAAGUCAUGACGCUGCGACAACGUACAGAGCUGCCCAUCAUCUUCACGACAAGGUGUGUCAACGAGAACGGCCGAUUUCCUAUGGACGAUCCCUCGCUCUUUCUGAAGUAUCUGUCGCGUGCGAUUCAAUGGGGGUGCGAAUACAUAGACGUAGAGCUGUGGUUGCCGGAGGAGAUCCGGCGCGAAUUGGCAGAGAAGAAGGGAACCAGCAAGAUCAUCUCGGCAUUCCACGACUUUUCAGGGAAUUUCAAGUGGACGGCGCCGCGGACGCAGGAGCUUUUCGAGCGAGGAGCCCAGUAUGGCGACGUGGUCAAGAUAUACGUGCUGGUCAAUUCGAUGCAGGACAACUACGAGCUUGAGUACUUCCGGUCGACCAUCCAAACAAAGUACCCGCACCCGCCCUUCUCAGGACUCAACAUGGGUCCCACUGGUCAACUCUCCCGGACUCUGAACAGGAUAUUCACCCCCAUCACCCACCCACUGCUACCUAUGAUUGCAGCGCCGGGACAAUUAAGCGCAGCCGAGAUUAAUACAGCACUUCACAGCAUGGGUCAGAUGCCCAAACUAGACAUAUACGGCAUCGGAAGUUUCCGGUCGACGUCGCAGGCCAUGUUCUUCGAGAAGUGCUUCAACGAGCUGGGGCUGCCACAUCAGUUCCUUUUCGCAGAGAGGGCGCCAAAGGCAUCGGUAGAUCACAUACUGCGACGGCCAAACUUUGGAGGCGCAUACAUCAACCCGCCACUGUCAGCAGCCAACAGCCGCAUCCCUACGCUGUCGAACGCAGCCCGGGCGAUCGGACAGGUAGACACGGUGCUGGUGCCUCAAGAAGGGGGGAAUGGCACCUUUGUAGGGGACAAUGCGACGUGGAAGGGGAUUCGGGCAACGCUGACCCGAGAUUUUGUGCCGUCCGCAUACAGUGGACAGGCCGCCUUGCUACUAGCGAAUGCAGAAGCGGACGCAGCCGCAUCCAUAUUCGCGCUCAAGAGCCUGGGCAUCGGACCGGUGUACACGAUAGGAUUCAAAGCCCAUGGGUCGCUCGCCGCAGAGGUGGUACCCGUACGGUCUGUGGAGGACGUGAAGAGGUUGGAGCAGCCGUUCGUCAUUAUAUCGGCACUACCAGCAGAGAAGUCAUUGCUGGUGGUGCCUCUACUGAAGCACUACCGUGUCGACGGUCGGAAUGGAAAUGGAUUCGCAAGCCCAGGGGGGAGGGGCGUGGUUGACAAAGGCAAGUCGGCAGGGAAAGUAUUUGUCGACUUGGCGAGCGGUCCUCGCAAGGCGGACCCGCUUUCAAUUGCUACGUCCGCGGGCUGGACCGCGUAUGGGAUCGGGGAUGUGUCUGCAUGGACGACGGUGGAGACGAUACGCCUGCUUGUUGGGCAGAACGUGUGUUACGAUUUCGUGUGUCUGGCUUCGGGUCGAGGACUCUAUUAGAGACGCACACACACACAGAGAGAGACACGAAGUGAAAUUUUAAAGCGCACCAAUACCUCUUUCCUUCCCUUCCUUCUUCUCUCUACGGAUAUCAGUGUACAUACAUACAUGCAUAGGAAUUAUAUUGCUCUGUCGAAGGGUGUUCCAUGAAAGGCGAAUACG